GAGUGAGAGAGGUGGUCUGUAGUGUAGCAUUCUUAUUACAAAGUAGUCUGUGUUUUUCAAUUAUUUGUUACCAGCAAAAGUGCUAAUUUGUGGGUCUUCAACAAAAAUUCAAUACUUUAAAACACAGAAUUUCAGUCUUUUAACUCCAAGUUUCACAAGAUUUGAGUCUUUUCUAGUUAGUUCUGAUAAUAUGUUUGUUGUUUCAUUGAUAUAUAUAUAUAUAUAUGAAUAAUAUCUUCUGAAGUUUUCAGUAUCUGGAGCAGUUAUCUGAAGUACUUCUACUACUCGAUCCUAUCAAAGAAGAAAGAUUUUGUUGUUGUUGUUAUGAAUAGUACUGAAAAGAAGGCGGCAAACGCCGUCGGAGGGAAAACAGCAAGAGCUUGUGACAGUUGCAUGUGUAAAAGGGCACGUUGGUAUUGUACAGCUGAUGAUGCGUUUCUAUGUCAGGCUUGUGAUGCUUCUGUUCAUUCCGCGAAUUCUUUAGCAAGAAGACAUGAAAGAGUUCGUCUCAAGACUGCAUCUAUGAAGCCAACGAGUAAUACUAAUGGUAGGAGUAAUAAUAAUAAAAACUUGGUGGUGGAGAUUAAUUCUUCUUUACCAACAUGGCAUCAAGGGUUCCGUCGUAAAGCUCGAACACCUCGACAUGGGAAGCCGAUGUCUCAGCAGCAACAACAUCAACAAGCACCUAAGGCCGAGGAAGAACCAAUUGAUCAUCUUCUGAUGAUGAAUAAUAACGUUAACAGUAAUCUUCCUCUUGUGCCUGAGCUUGGUAGUGAUGAAACAUCUCCGGAUGAAAAUGAAGAGCAGCUGCUUUACCGUGUUCCUAUAUUCGAUCCUUUCGUUGAAGAAUUUUGUUCAUCUGUAAUGUCUAACGAAGUGGUUGCUACACCGACUAAUAAUACUAAUGAAGUCGGUACAAAUAUAGGAAACAUUAAUUCGUCGAAAAUACAGUUACAAGAAUAUGAGCAUGUAGCGUCUGAUCAUUAUGAAAGCCUGUCGGGUCUGAAUCUGCCAUCUGAUUUGGAUCUAACAGAAUUUGCUGCUGAUGUAGAGACCUUGCUCGGAAGAGGACUCGAUGAGGACUCGUACGGAAUGGAAGGCUUAGGUCUGUUGGAGUCUAAAGAGGAAGACUAUUGCUGUUUUGGAAGCAAUGGAAGGGUGAAGGAGGAAGAAGAUGAUGAGGAGCUAGAAACUUCUGUAGCAUGUCAUAUGGACACGGAAUUCGAUCUUUCAAGAGAGACUUUGGAUUUGAAUUUUGAUUACGAGUCACCUACAACUGGAGAGGAAGAAGAGGACAUGAAGGUAGUUCAUAAUCCGAUUGCUCCUAUGAUGAUGAACGAUGGAGUACAUAACAAAGUUGUUGAGACGCCAAAGGCCAUACCGUUGAGGCUUAACUAUGAAGCAGUUAUCUCUGCUUGGGCUGCGCAGGGUUCACCUUGGACAACCGGAGGUCGGCCACCGAGCAACCAUGAUGAUUACUGGCCCGAGUAUCUGGGUACGUCUCGCAAUACAGAGGUUCAUCACCAUGGCUACGGAGACGUAGGAGGUGGAGGAGCAGCAGGAGGAGGCCACGCGGGAAUGAGUGGUGGUGAUGGAGGAAGAGAAGCUAGAGUGUCAAGAUAUAGAGAGAAACGAAGAACACGAUUGUUCUCUAAGAAGAUACGAUACGAAGUUCGGAAAUUGAAUGCUGAAAAGAGACCUAGAAUGAAAGGAAGGUUUGUCAAGAGGACAUCAUCAUCCUUCAUGGCAAAUUCAGUUGGUACUGAUUUAUCAUUUUGAUGAUUAUGAACUUUUCCUGCAGCUAGCUAUAGCUAGUUAACUGUAAUUUACCAACAACACUGAAAGGCAGACAGACUGUUAGUAUGCAUGUACCUAUGAGAUUUAGUUUCUAGUUCUAGUAUAUAGGGUAAUAUUUGAAUAUUGUUUCAUGCUUGCAUGCAUGUUUUUGCUUGUUUCAGGUUUAAGGAUAAUUAAACACUGAAAUGAGUUAGGGCUUCUUUUUAUUUCCAGCUCUCUUAUCUCCUCUUGUACAUUAAAUUUUGAAAAUAAAUGCAAUCAAUCGGUUGCCUUUGCAAA